UCUCUCUCCCAGCAUCAUAUUUUCCUCCGUCUUUUCCUGAGUCAUUGUGCAGCACCGGGCGGUCCCCGGUGGUUUUUAACGGUUUUCCGGCUCCUGUCAGGUAUCUCCGGUGAAAACAUUCGACGACCUUUGAGAUGACUGAAGUGGCCUCAAGCCUCCCUGAGAUGCAAGCGCUGGCCCCUCCUCCUACAACACUGACUACCAGUAGGAAUCCUUCUCCUUGUCGAUCACCGUCCAAUCACAGGAGCCCUACAGGCUCUCGACAUCAUUUAGCAACAGAGCGACAGGAGGACAGAGAGAAGACACAAGAGAUAUCUGAGCUGCUGCAGGAUAAGGAGCGUCGUGUGCAGCAGCAGCUGGAGCGCUGCGCAGAGGAGCGAGGGAGGAAGAUGGAGGAGCAGAGGAGGAAGGAAAAGAAACGCAGGGCGGCUGCUGAGGAUAGGAGACGGCAGCAGCAGGAGGCAGAGAAGGAGCGGCUGGAGGCCCUGGUGCGCCGGAGAGCCGGAGGCACCGAGAGACGAGGAGGAGGAGGUGGAGGUGAAGGGGGGGAGGCCCGAGACCACCUGGAUAACAGGCCUAAACGCUGGACGUGGGGAGGACCGCCUGACGGAGUGGAGGGUAACCCUAAGACCCCGCCCUGCCAUGCCAUUGGCUCCGCGCAGCCCAAUGGGCUUCCUGCUGCUUCCAGCGCCAGCCAAUCCCGUAACGUUGGUGACUUCUUGUCUCCACCCAUAAUGGAGCAACCAAUCAACAAACAGCUGUCAAACUCUUCAGCCGCCCUGCAUUCACCAGAGAGAGUGUCUUUUGUCGCCCAACGAACAGCUUCCCCCAGCAACCACAGACCGAACAGAAGUUCUUCCAACCGCAGGAGCGUUGCUGGACACCCUGAAGAACCAUCCAAAGCCAAAACACCCACGGGCGAGUUUCCAAACACACCUGCCCGCAGUUCAUCCUUCAGGUCCAACAGCAAGGGCCCUGCAACACCUAAACGGGUGAGGUCAAACAGGAGUCGGGCACAGUCACCCUGUUCACCCGGGCAGUACCCUCCCUCUCCGCUCCGGCAGAGAGCCCCCACCCCCGGACAUGACGACAGGAACCACAGAGAUCACAGCACUCUGGAGAGGAAAUCAACCAAAUCUGAGAGCUCGGAGAAAAAGAUCCCGAAAUCCACCAGCAGAGAACUGAACGCAGAAUCUCCGGGCACGCCCACAGGCAGGAGUGUUGGUGGGACAACGGACGCUGAGGAGGCGUCUAGACUGCUGGCAGAGAGACGACGUCUGGCUCGGAUACAGAAGGAGCUAGAGGAAAGGCAACGGCAGGAAGAGGAGAGACUGAGGGUGGAGGAGGAGCAGAGGAGGCUGCAGGAGGCGAGAGAGAGACAGGAGAGAGCUGCCCUGCAGGCUGAGGAGGACAGAGUGAGACGUGACGAGGAGAGGAGGAACAAGGAGGACGAGGAGAGACGGCAGAAGGAGCAGAGAUGGAAGGACAUGCAGGAUCAGCUGGACAGAGAGAGAGAGGAGGCGUUCCUGCGAGCCCAGAAAGAGGCAGACAAGAAGAGGCAGGAGAGAGAGAUGCUGCACAUCCAGGAGGAGCAGGAGAGGCAGCAGAGGAAGAAGAGAAUUGAAGAGAUAAUGAAGAGAACAAGAAAGAGUGAAGUGGAGCCUCUAUCUGGUGCUGCAGCUGACAUGAGGGCAGAGACUGCGAUCGGCUCGGAGGAAGAUGCACCGACUCCCGCUGAAGCCCCCGUCAUCAUGCUGGGACCUCUGGAGAACAAGAUCUGUGUGGACGAGCUGUCAGACGGAGUCCAGUCUAUGGAUGUCAGUUCUCCAUCUGUCUCCAUCAGUCCUGUGUCCAGGGAGGAGCAGGCGAGCGCUCACGAGUUCUCACCGGUCACAGAGGGGACGGACGGCUGCCCUCUGGACCACCUGAUGGACAUGGACUCCCACGGGCGAGGGCAGCGUCACGUUGCAGAAACACCCCCGUACCCCAAAAUGCAGGCUGGUAGUGGGGUGGGAGACCUCAACAAGAACCUGCUUAUUCAAGGGUACAGCGCUGCCUCUGAAUCCUCACAGCUCAUCCACAGUGUCGGCCUGAGCAAACUGGACAUCCAGUAACAGGAGGAUCCUGCUGGUUCAGUACAAACAGGAGAAAAAUAACAAGAAAUCAUCACCUCUGUCUGCAACAACAGCAACAAUCAUUUCCACACGGAACAAGUGCUGAACAACUCACUUCCCACCUGAAAAACAAAACCUGCAUAACAGCAAAGCUUUUGGCAAAAAUUUUGAGGGUGCGCAUGGGCAACUUUGACUCUUACAAAUAUAAAACAGUUUGACAAAAGUGUAUCUCUAGGACACGGAGCAUAAUUUGGGAUCAGCAUUUGUGUUUCUCUUUUGAUCAGCUGAAGUUUGAGAUAGUAAAAGGACAGAAAAAGGUUAAUUUAUCAAAAAAUAGAGUAACACAGAUUAAAACAAAAAUUUGAGUAAAGGCAUGAUUUUAGAUAAAACUAGCUCAAGACAUCUACCUUCUACUUUAAACCACCUUCUCCACAUCUGCUCCUGUUGAAGCCAGAGUUGCCCAGCUGUGCUGCCACUCCAGUAAAUAUCACUCAAAUAUCAUCCGCUCUAAUCUCUCAUCCCUGCUUUUGUAAAACUCUGUAAAUAGAUGUGACAUUGUCGAGGAGUCUGGAGGCAGUGAGCGGCUCUGUAGCAGUUAAUCUGGAGGGAAGCUGUAAAAAAGAGACACUAUUGUAUAGAUCCUGUGUAGCAUCUUCAGUGAGGACUAGCUAGUUGAGCUGUUAAUGGUUGUAGCUGUGUACUUGAACAGUGUGUGAGAGUUUUCACUCUCUUUCUGUCAGUGUUUCUGAUGGUUCCUGUGUGUUUAUCUCACCUAUGACCUGCUCUACUGCUUUCCUGUCAUCAUGACACGUGAGAAAACAACAAACUGAUAUUAUAACCCUGCUGUUGAUCCAAAACUCAUGGCCUCUCGCUUUGUGUUUCUGCUGCUUAUCACUUGAUUCAAGGGGCGUUUUUGUGGAGAUUAAACAAUCUACACCAAGAAUAUGAAGAAAACCUGGAAGUGGUCAAAAGUAUGUGAAAUAUCCUGCAUUUUUAUCAGGACAGCGUUGACACAGUGUGUUGUGUAUAUGUUUGGCACUGACUGUAACCACACUAGCUGCAGUCUAUAAUAUGCACUUACAGUAGAUGUGUGUUCCACUGCUCUGAAGACGCUUGUAUCUCCACCACAACUCAUCCCACCCCAACUAAAAUAUACCUCAUCGAUUGAUAACAGACUCUGGUGUGAAACAGCAUUCACCACCUCUAGCCCAUCACCACUGAGGCCUUAAACCUCUGUGCAGUCAAACACGUCCCCUAAAAACUACCCGUCCCUCUGCGCUUCAUGCAGCAUGUGCACUUAAAGGCCCCUUUUUCUACUAAAAGAUCCGGUAAGCAGAGAAAAGAGAAUAACAAAUGUUUCUUAUGCAAGUCUGUGGCUGAUUUGCAGCUUCACCUGAAGGAAGGAAGUGCAUUUAUGUGAAAGCAGGAUUUGAUUAUCGGCAGUAGUGCGUAGUUGCUCAGGGGCCACAGGCUGUUGGGGGCCUGAAAAGCUCCAGUUUUAUUGUGCUGAUUUUAAGAGCCGAGAUUAAGGAAAUAUUAAAAACUCUGCCUGCAAAUUCUACCAGCAGAACCUAAAAAAGAAAAGGGUCAGUCACCAACCAAAAUGUGCCAUUUUUAUAGCACAGUUAAAAAGUCAAAUUCUUUUUAGUUUACUAUUCAGGUUUAAGUCUUUUAAUUUGACAUUAUCUCCUUACAUAAUGGUUUAGUGCUAAUCACUUUAUGCCCUUUUUUUGUCAAAUAAAUUCAUUAUGUUUACGUCCGUACACCUACCAAACUUUGUACAUUUUUUUCAGCAUUCAGGAAAAACCUUCUGCUCUAGUAAGGAGCCCCGAAAGUGGAAAUGGGCAGAGAAAAAUAAAAAGUUAAGUUUCAGGGGUGAACAGAAAUCACUCGCGAGCACAAGAAAGUUUCCUGUGAUAAUGAGAAGGUAUUGCCUUGGCACAAGAAAGUUUUUCCUGAUCAAGUUUUGCAUGUGCUCCAAAGAGUUUCUGCUGUCUGUUUCAUAUGUUGAACUAAGUGGUCUUUUGCAAUCUGAGCUACCGGUAUGUUAAAGAGUUCCACAUACAAUACUUUCUUGUGGGCACAUGAAACUUUCUUGUCUUCAGGCCUCCAAAUAUUUGAAAAUGCUGCCAUGGCUGAAAGUCCCAGAGAGUCUUUUGGGGUAAGAAUUGUUGGAAAGAAAUCCAGGUGCAAAGAAAGUUCUUUAAAAAUCUCCUUGUUGUGGGAAAAGGGGCUCCACUGCACUUCACAUCUGCUCACUGAAUGUAUAUUUAUGUUUUCUUUCUCCUGCUGGCCUCCCUCUCUCCAUGUACGCUCUUUAUUCCUCCAGAUUCUGCUGAAGCUCAUUUGUAAGAGGGUCUCCUGGGUCCCCUUGUAUAUGAAGUAAAAAUAAAGGACAUGAUGUUUAUCCUAAUAUUACUUAACUCUGUGACACUGCAGCUUGGUGGAAUAUAUCAUUGUAGAUGUGGUGCAUGGAUAACUGCUGAUAAAAGAACAAUAAAAGUUUCAUCAAGCCAUUUGUGUCAGUAAGCUGGAUAAAUGAACAAAUGUAAAAAUUUAAGUUUGAAAUGAAGGGAAAUGUUAAAGAGUCAAACAUGUAUAAGAUGUUUAGCCUUUGACAUUCAUAAUGUGAAAUAUGAAAUGACAAAUCUAGUGUAGGGCUUAACCAAUGCAGCCACUUUUAUUUAUCAUAAUAUCUCACUGUGUGUUGACUUUAUGCUGCACUGACAUUAAAACUGAUCUGCAAAA